AUGCCGUCUCAAGAAUACUUCCAGUCAUCCGGGCGCACGCCGCUGCGUGUGUACGGGCCGCAGCCGACAUACAAGACCUACGUUUCACCUUACGGACCAAAGACGAAACAUGUUCCCAACAUCAUGGGCCUGACUCCCGGCAAGAUCUUCCGCUACAGCGCCAUCGCAUCCGGCUACGGCGUUGCUGCUGGCGUCUUCGUGCUUUUCUUCUUCGGCGAUAUCCCUCGUGUUCGCAAAGACAUCUUACAGAAACUUCCGGUUUUUGGCGACUACUUCGUCCGCGAAAUUCCGCCCGAGGACAACCCGUUCUAG